AUGAGCGGCUGGACUCCUUCGGCCUGUCGGGCUGCCUCCUCUCUCUGUGCUGUUGCCCUGCUGCCCACUGGGACCUGCCUGCCUGCAGUUCAAUUUUGCCUUUCCCUUGUGCUGGCUUCCUUCCCUACCAUGGCUACUGGUGAAGAGAUCCCCCCUGUCCUGCAGGACUCGUGGGGGGACUUCUGGCUCUUCCGUUUCUUUGUUAAUGCUGCUGGCUACGCGAGUAUUGUGGUGCCGGGAUUUCUUCUCAUCCAGUACUUCAAGAGAAGGAAUUACCUGGAGACAGGCCGAGGCAUUUGCUUCCCUGUCAUCAAAUCAUGCGUGUUCGGCUCUGAGGUGAAGUCUGUACACCAGGAGGAUGGCUCCCUGCCACCCCGAGUGGAGCCCACAGAGUCCUCUACAGCCCGACAGGUCUUCAAGCUGCUCUUCUGCGCUGCUGGUCUACAGAUCUCCUACCUCACGUGGGGCGUCCUCCAGGAGCGUGUGAUGACGAGAACGUACGGUGCCACCGAAACGGACCCUGGUGAGAAGUUCAAGGACUCUCAGUUCCUAGUGUUCAUGAACCGCAUCCUGGCCUUCACAGUGGCUGGUCUGUACUGCGCCCUGACCAAGCAGCCACGCCAUGGGGCUCCUAUGUACAAAUACUCCUUUGCCUCCCUCUCCAACAUCCUCAGCAGCUGGUGCCAGUAUGAGGCACUCAAAUACAUCAGCUUCCCCACCCAAGUGCUGGCCAAGGCCUCCAAAGUGAUCCCAGUGAUGAUGAUGGGCAAACUGGUGUCACGCAAGAGUUAUGAGUACUGGGAGUACCUGACUGCUGCCCUCAUCUCCGUGGGGGUCAGCAUGUUCCUGCUCUCCAGUGCUCCCAACAGGCACGUGUCCACUGUCACCACUUUCUCAGGCAUAGUCCUCCUGGCCGGCUACAUAAUCUUCGACAGCUUCACCUCCAACUGGCAGGACGCCCUCUUCACCUACAAGAUGUCUCCUGUGCAGAUGAUGUUUGGUGUCAAUGUCUUCUCCUGCCUUUUCACGGUAGGCUCGCUCUUGGAGCAGGGUGCCUUGCUGGAGUCAUUACGCUUCAUGGCCCGCCACUCGGAGUUCACGGCCCACGCCGUGCUGCUCUCGGUGUGCUCCGCCUGCGGCCAGCUCUUCAUCUUCUACACCAUCAACCAGUUCGGGGCAGCUGUCUUCACCAUCAUCAUGACACUCCGCCAGGCCUUUGCCAUCCUCCUCUCCUGCCUCAUCUAUGGGCACACUGUCACUGUUGUGGGCGGGCUGGGCGUAGCCGUUGUCUUCAUGGCCCUCUUCCUCCGUGUCUACGCCCGCAGCCGCAUGAAGAAGCGCAGCAAGAAGCUCCCGCCAGGCGAGACCCCUGUACAAAAGGUCUAAGGAGGUGGGGCCAUGGCAUUUAAGCCAUGCCUGCUGUCCUGUCUCCGCUCGGGGGCACUUGCUUGAUUUCUCAGAACCCGCUGAGGAGCAGGGUGGGGUACGGAUAGGCUGGACAGUGACUCGCUUCUCCACCUGCUUUUCCUGGGGAAGGGGCUGGAACAAGCCCAGGGAAUGCUCUGGGCUGCCACAGCUCUAGGGAAUGCUCUGGGCUGCCACAGCUCCAAACUUUUCCGUUUGCCUUAAUAGGUCAAAGACUUCUAGCCAAGGCACAGGCCUGGGGGCUUACAUCCUGGGGGAAAACCAGCGUGGGGCUGCUGGUGCUCCUGCGCCACCUCUGUCUUGUGGCUUCUCUCCAAAGUCACUGAUGAGCAAGGGAGCUCUUCCCUGGCACCUUCUUGCCUCUGGCUAAUGCUCCUCCAUGUCUGUCGCUACUACAGAGGUCAGCAGGAGGAAAGGGCAAGCAAAACACUAGCUCUUUUUGAAACACCUCCAUGUGAGGCACGUCCCAGGCUGAGCCUGUCGUAAGGCGGGGGAGCUCUCAGCCCCCCUCCCAGGAGGUGCUCCAGGUAGGACAGGCACAGCUAAAGGAAGGACUCCCAGCCUGUCCUACCCCAGGCCUGGAAUCUGCUCUGGGAGGGUGCUCUGCAGUGAAAGCCAGUACCUCCCAGUUUGGUUUUAUCAGUUCCUUGCCCCUGCUUCAAGACACACUUCUUCACUCCCUUCAGCCCAGGCUGAUUUUUAUGCAGAGACUGAGGCUGGCCGGUACGGUUCCCAAGGCUCGCUGCGUUGUUCUAGGUUGCUUUUUGGUUACAUCCGCUGCUGUCACAGGUCAAAGGCUGCACUGCCCAGAAGCCCCAGCGUCGCCUCGGGGUGUCUCAGUGCCACGGUUUCUGGGCUUUGAGGUUGCCAUUCAGAGAAGCACAAAUAGCCCCUCUUCUUCCUGCCAACUGGAGGCAUUGGCCCUGGCUUUCCUCGGGCCUGGCCAGAGCCCCACUGCGCCUGGAGGGCUGAGAGAUGGGGCAGAGCCCGCUUGCGGUGCCUUGUUCCUGCUCCCCAGGCAGCAGGGGAUGGAGCAAGUGGGCACCUGCUCCCCAGGCAGCAGGGGAUGGAGCAGUGGAAGCUGCUCUUCCCCAGGAGCCUGGGUUUUACUGGUUAACCCUCUUCUCCUCAAUACAACCUGACUGUCAAGCCAGCAGGUUUUGGUACUUUUGAAAGGCAAUUUUUUUUUCUUUUUAUUUUAUUAAAUUAAAAUAUGCUGCAUAUAGUGCCCUGGGGGUAAAUGUUCAUUUUUAUUGGGUUUUUUUUCCCAUGUACCUGAAAGGAGGGGAGAGAGUUCCCAACCCUUCCUGUGUCCCUAGUCUCUGUGGGACAGCAAAGCUGUCUGUCUUUCCUUUCCAAACACAGAUGCCUCUGCCUUCACCCAGGCAGGUAUCAGCCAGGGUUGGACCCUGACAGC